AUGGAGUGCCCUUUAUCAAACUUAAAGCAUGCCAACAAGUAUAAUCACGAAAAACGGAUACAGUACGGGCACGAAAUAGACGUCUCCUCUAUAGGUCAUGGCCAGUUCCCACUGGCAGGCAAACAGGAAUUGCUAGUGUUUAACUCCCACUAGCAGGAUUACAGGAAUGAACCGGUUCUAUCAGGAACAUGUCGACAUGUGCUAGCGUUUGUAACCUCCCCCACUAGCGGGGUCACGAUUACACGACCAUAUCGGAGACAAAACAGGCAGAAGUUAACAGGAAAAUCACAUUUCACAAUCACUUUCGGAUCAUCAGGACAGUUACUUAAAUUUCAAGUAGGCAUGCUCAAUUUAAUGAAAAGCAUAAGACAUUUCACUUCAAAUCCAUCAUGCUCGUGUAAAACGGGUUCAGUCCCGCCACCACUUCAAAAACAAAUCAAAACAUGCUUUUAAAACAGUACGGGCAUUACCAUAAAUUUACUUACCUCACUCGCAUACAACCGAGCACUCAAUUCACGCACUAACUGACAGAACGAUCGGGAACCUAAUCAAAACACCUCAGAAUUAAUAUCGGACUAUCACAAAUUCAAGCUGAAAUCAUCAUUAGGAUCAUUCCUAAUCACAAUGCUAUUUCCAUAAAUCUCCACAUGAUCAAAUGUCUCCAAAUUCGUUCUUAUAUCACAAACUAAUCAUUUAAAUCCCCGUUAAUUGUCGACUCUCGGGGUGUGAACAGUGCCUAUGAACAGUACCCGUGAACAGUGCUCACGACGUGAACAGUAACUCCGACUUCCACAAUUUGGCCAAAACACUAGAUAAUUCCACAGGAUUUUCUCUCCAAAAAUCACAACAAGCAAUUAACACUCAAUCACAUAAAUCCCACUUGAAUCAAUGCUUAAAUCUCAUCCUAAAGCUACCGGAAUUAUCCCCAAUUUUCUGUCAAAUUCAGACAUCACACGGCAGCAAACUAAUCAAGCUAAUUCUACCUU